AUGAAGGUCAAAAGCUACACGCCCUCGUGGCUUUCGAAGGGCUCCCCUGGCCACAGCCUAUUCUCGCCCUCGGCCGACGCGUCUCGGACUUCCAUUUCCUCUCCCUACACUGCCAAGACGAAGAAGAAGAAGGCGCCAAACGGGCCCAGGCGUACAAUCGCCCGUCGAGGUACCGAGAUCUUUGUAGCGAAUGGUAGGGAAAUUCGAUGGGGUGACCUUGUCUACCUUAAGGAGAAGCAUGCGCAAAACAGGGCGAGCUUCCGCAUCAAGCGGGAAAGCUCGGGUGCCAAUGGGAAUGCGCCCGAGGACGACGUCGAGAAUCGUGCCGCCGGAUACCGGAUCCUGAAAACCCCGGUUGCAGAUGACAUUAGGCAACUCAUCAUAUCGCCGAACGAAAGCCUCCUAGCAAUUCUAACCUCGCAUACCGUUCACAUUUGCCUCAUCCCAGACCCCAGUCACCUCACGAGCGAAGAUACCGAACCGAUUCGACCCAAGAUCUGGACUCUUGGCCCCACUACCCACGUCACCUCCCGCUCGCCCAUCGCCUCGGCCCUCUGGCAUCCGUUAGGAGUCAAUGGCCACUGUCUUGUUACCGUAUCCAAGGACUCCAUCGUCCGGCUAUGGGAGCUAUCGCUAACCGAUCGAUGGUCGUUCGACAGCCCCACGUUGUCCAUCGACCUCAAGCGCCUUGCCGAUGGAACUUCGCUGGACCAAGACUUUGCCGCUUCCACCUCGGCAACGAAUACGGGCUUCUCCCCCGAUUCGUUCGAGAUGGAGGUCGCGGCGGCGUGUUUCGGCUCGAGGUCAUCCGGUGGCUGGAAUCCCUUCACCUUGUGGAUCGCGAUGAGGGAGGGUGAUGUAUACGCGUUGUGCCCGCUCCUUCCUUCUCGCUGGGCGCCCCCAUCAGCGCUCAUAGCGUCGCUGUCGGUGUCUGUGGUCACCCAGGUGGGUGCUAUCGAAGACGACCCCACAGUUUCGGAACGUGAGAAGCUCCUGGCCCAGCAGCAGCUUGCAUGGAUGGGCGAUGUGGAUUCGCAGGAACCCCAAAUCCUCGAAUCAUCGCCCGGCGAACCUCCCAUUGAGGUCUAUACCCGCCCCACCAAGCCGGGCGCUGUACCCCGCCUUCAGGGGCCUUUUGAGCUCGCGGCGAGUCUCGAUAAUGAAGAUGAUAUCGACUCCGAGCUUACCGAUAUACUCGUGAUUGGUUCCAAGGUCGAGGCGGAUGAUCUGAUGCUCGGAGAGGACACCGAACUUGAGCUUGAUGAAACCGACAGGGAAGGCCUGUCUCUGAGUAUCAUCUGUUUACUCUCCACCGGUGGGCAGGUCAAGAUUUGCCUAGACCUUGAUGGUGUCGAGGCCCAGUGGCUUCCGCCUAAGAACAAGUCCAGGCUUGGACGGCUCUUGGCUCUAUCGGACGCGCCAACCCUUCUCACCUUCCAGGCAAUGGAUAGCAUGAACCCAGUGGAGGCGAGCCCCGACAGCUGGCCCGUAUUCACUACCGACGUGAUGUCAAGAUACUCCUUUUACGUAACUCACCAUGCCGGAAUCACGUACUUUUCCUUGUCGCCGUGGGUAUUUCGACUGGAGAGCGAGAUCCAGGGCGCUGGAGGCGCUGGCUCCGAGUUCCGACUGGGCCUGCUCGUAAACGCUCACAAUUCGACCCGGGAACGUCUCUACACGCAGCCAUCAGCCGAUGUCUCCGUGCCUCUUGCAGGAUGCAAUGCCAUCAGCGACCCGGACAUUGGCUACGCAGUUAUCUCGGCUACUCCCUACGACCCUGUAGUUCUCAUGUUCGAUACGCCCGAGGAAGACUUCACACUUAUCAAGGAAGAAGAAACGACACCAGUGCGCGAAAUCCAGAUCGCGCCGCCCCAAGAGCCCCUGUACUCGUACGAGCCAAGACCGCCCUUCCAAGCCUCUCACGUUUUCGAGCAGAGCUCACAGCUUCCCACGCUCAUCGAGCGGCUCCGCACCUCGCGCCACAAGGUUGUCAUAGGCCAAGAAGUGCGCCUCAGCCCCCUGACACUACAGGUCCUCACGGAAGCGCAUAAGAUCCUUAGUGAGGAGACCCACCGCCUAGGGCUGGCGGCGUCGGAGCUCUUCAUCAAGUGCACCAGGAUGCGGGCGGAGAUGCAGGACCACCUCGACAAGGCGGCCGAGACCAAGGCCAAGAUCGACAAGAUUACGGGCAACGACGCCGACGGCGAGGGUGUGGACAACGAGAGGAUCGAGGCGAGGGUGGCGCGUGCGCAGACACGCCACGAGCAGCUCUCGCGUCGCAUCGAGAGCCUGCGCAAGUCCGUUAUGCACUCGACUAAGAGGGAACUUAGCACGCACGAACGCGCGUGGAUCGAUGAGGUGAAGGGGCUCAAUUGCAGCGUUUUCGGGGCUAAGUCGGACGUCGCCUUGACUACGACGACGCCGAUACCGCAGCAGCGAGGUGUCACUACCACCACGACAGGGAAACAGGUCAGGAAACGCCUCGAGGAGGUUACGACGUUGGCUACGGAGCUGCUCGACGAGGCGGCCCGGCUGCACAAAGACACCGCCGCUAUUACAACUAUUGGAGGAGGGGAAGACGGCGGUGUUGGUAGGAACGGACGUGGACAUCGCAGGGAGCACACGCCCUCGUCGAGCCAGGAUUUACGUGUUCCCAACGAGAUUCGCAAGGCGAAGAUUCAGUCGGUUAGGAACCUGCUGGCUCGCGAAGAGGCUAUGGUGGCUGCUGUUUCUAGCAGGUUGGAGAAGCUGCAGCUGAGCUUGCAGUAG